AUCAUUACUACCACUAUCAUUGCCAUUGUAAUCACAACCUGUACCGGCAAUGAUUGGCUUCGGUACGGCACUGCGAUUUGUGUUCAUCCAUCUGUUCUGCUUGUUCUACACAGCUAAAGUGCUGCUGCACAUAGCUGUUAGAUAUUUGACCGAACCGCGGGCCGAGUUCUGGUAUGUCAAAAAACGGCCACAUCCGCCGCCCUGCCUGCAGAACCACGAUUACGGCGUUAGCAACUACAUCACAGUCAAUGACGUCAAAUUGCACUACGUAGAAAAUGGAGAUCCAGCAAAGCCGCUCAUGUUGUUUAUUCACGGUUUUCCGGAGUUCUGGUUCUCAUGGCGCUAUCAGCUGAAAGAGUUUUCCAAAGAUUAUUGGGUCAUUGCAGUAGAUAUGCGAGGUUAUGGCGAUUCUGAUAAGCCAAAAGGACUGAAAUCAUAUCGCAUCGAGAACAUGGUUCAAGAUAUAAAAGAACUCGUACAUGAAUUAGGUCGCGAAAAGUUCACUCUGGUAGCGCACGACUGGGGUGCCGUGAUCGGAUGGGACUUUGUUGCUAAACAUAUGGACAUGCUGGAGAAAUACAUCUUAAUGGGAGCACCAUCCCGGAAAGUCCUGCGCGAGUUAAUGAUGACAGACAAGGAACAAUUGAAGAUGUCCUGGUACACGUUUUUCUUCCAAAUGCCGUGUAUUCCGGAAAUUUAUUUUCGUAUAAACGACCUAGAAGCCUUAUAUGAAGUAUUUAGGAAGCACAACGAGCCCCAUGAACUGGAAGCUUACAAAUACACAUUCGCUCGAAAAGGAGCUCUUACCGAACCGAUUAACUAUUACCGUGCCAAUCUCACUGCUUCGCUGAAGACCGUUCGACCGCCUGCUAAUGUUCGGCAUGUGCCGGGACUUUAUCUGCUCGGUGAACAUGAUGCAUACAUCAGCCAGAAAUCCGGUCCGUUACAAAAGAAAGAAUUCAACAAUUUGGAAUUUCUUAUGGUGCCUAAAGUAUGCCAUUUCUUGCAACAGGCUGAUCCGGUAGCUGUGAAUUCAAUUAUGCGACAGUUUUUAAUACAUAGUGAACAUAAUGAAUGA